AUGAACUGCCCUUCCAGAACCGAUGACGACGUGCUUUGGAACCCCGGAUGGAACCAGAAUCCGCCACGUUUCGCUGCUGAUUUGACGACCUGCGAGGAUCUGAACGGCAUCGCGAACGCAAGAGAAUUGGGAGAAGCAGAUCGGCUGCGCAGCGGCACGCGGAAUUUGCGGCGGUGUGAACUCGACGAAUUCAAUGGCCAAGAGAUGGAGAAGAGAAAGCCAAGCCACACUGGCGAGGGUGUCAAAGGGUCUCCAAAAGGACCUUGCACCCGAACAAUCGCGCACGUGAGCGAGCACCAAGCUGGCCUCACCACCACUAUCUUCAGCUGGACAAAGUGGCUGGUAUCGGUAAUCUGCACUUCGAUGCUGAUCUCCUAUGCUACCGGAAAUCUGUCCACGCCCAAGUUUUUCUUACCAAAAGGCCCGACAAACCAGCGUCUUCCCAGGCGAAGUACCUGCGAAGAUGGCAAAGCUCAGCCCAACUACGAUCUGGGCCUGCAUGUCGCCGGCCUUUUCAUCAUUCUUUUCGUUUCAGGCACUGGAUGUGCCUUCCCAAUGCUUGUCCUCAAGUUCCCGCGGCUGCGCAUCCCACCUGCCUUCCUUUUCGGCGCGAAGCAUUUCGGCACCGGUGUCUUAGUCGCGACUGCCUUCGUCCAUCUACUUCCUACCGCUUUUGGCUCACUGAACGACCCCUGCCUGUCGAGCUUUUGGACAACCGAUUAUCAGGCUAUGCCGGGCGCGAUCAUGCUAGCUAGCGUUUUCUUCGUCACCCUAAUCGAAAUGAUCUUUUCUCCAGCCCAACAUGUCUGCGGCGGUAACGAGGGUGCGGAGGCUGUGUCUCGCCGCAAGGAAGAACCGAAGACUGAGAACGAAGCGCCUGCUCCACCGCAAGCAGCAAUGCAGAGAACCUACUCGGAUACCAGCAUGCGAGUCCGCGAUCUAGGCGUCUUGCGUGGAAGAGUCGGGAGCAUUAGUAGAACGCUCUCCCGGUACCGUGAGGAUGGCCAGCGACUCGAUGCCAUUGAAUCUGUGGGCGGAUCUGAAGCGGAAACCCCGGGCGCCCGUAGCAAAGAAGCAAACGACGAGUAUGCUAUCGAGGAGGACCAAGAAACCGGGGAGCACGAUCACGUCCUUACGCCUGAGCAAAUCCACAAGAAAGCCAUAAUGCAGGUGUUUCUACUAGAAAUGGGUAUCCUGUUCCACAGCAUCUUUAUUGGAAUGUCGCUCGCUGUUUCAGUUGGUAACGAUUUCACCGUGCUACUGAUCGCUAUCGUAUUUCAUCAAACCUUCGAAGGCCUAGCACUCGGUGUACGUAUUGCCGACAUCAAAUGGAAGCCACGCGCUGCACAGCCUUGGCUUAUGGCUCUCGCUUAUGGUUGCACCACACCCGGCGGCAUGGCAAUUGGCAUAGCAACGCACACUUUGUACUCGCCCGACUCUGAAGUCGGUCUUCUCGUCGUCGGUAUCAUGAACGCUAUCUCGGCUGGUUUCCUCGUCUUCGCCUCGCUUGUGGAACUCAUGUCGGAGGACUUCUUGAGUGAUGAGAGUUGGAAGGUGCUCAAGGGCAAGCGCAGGGUGUAUGCUUGUUUGCUUGUGUUCCUUGGGGCCUUUUUGAUGAGUUUGGUGGGAGCUUGGGCGUAA